GUUAUGAAAUCUUUAACAUAUAUAAAGAGUUCGAACAAUAGUUAUUGAAUCCGGUGAACUCAUAUCUUACCCUCUAAAUCCACCCCCGUUAAAAAGAAGGUCAAAAGUAAGAUUCCUAUCAUGGUGUUUAGGUAAUUUUGAAGAGAAAAAAGCAGAUCAUUUAGUGGUUAAAGAAGAAAAAAGUUUCCAAAAGAAAUGAUGUUUUCUCCUUCCAUUGUUAGUUGAUGAUUCUGCCUCCAACUAUAUUAUUACUUUCCAUUUUAGAUUCUCACACAGCCAAACAGUUUUAUAGAGAGACAUAACACAUUCUGUUCCUUUUUUCAUUCCACAUUUACAUUCACAAUCACACAAAAUCCUCCUUCUCCAUCCUAGUCUUGAGUCGAGAGAUUAUCCUUUGGAUCGUUACUACGCUCCUGUCCCAAAAAGAAGUGUUGAUUUCAAUCAGGUCAUUUUACAGCCCCAUCCUGUUUAAGGACAAAUGGAUAGUGAAUCAUCAUAAUCGAGCAGCUCAUUCUCUAUAGAUUCUGAAAACAAUAAGUACGUAAACAACACCAAUAAAUAUUGUCACACCGGUUACAAGAAUAGGUAUUAGUGGUUCUUGAGAAAAUGUCAGAGCUGAGACCUCAGUUUUUUCUUAUUCUCAUGUCAAAAUUCUUCUACUUAUGUUCUUUCAUUCUCUCUCACCCUCUCUACUUCUCCUACUUCAUUUUCUUCUCUCCUUACAUUAUUAAACUCCUUUCAUUCCUCUCUCCUCUCUUCAUUACAACUACCCUUUUGCUCCUUGCCCUUUUUACCAUAUCUCCAAGUCUCAUUCUCCACAACAACGCGAAAGGAUUAACACGGAAGGAUGAUGAACUCGACGUGUCAGAGGAAUUUGAAGCCUACAAAAUCGUGUUUGGCGCGUCCAUAAUUGAUGAUCAAGAAAACUCUGUUGAGUUCUUGGACUGUGCAUCAGCUGAGGAAAGUGAAUCCCCAAUUCUUGAUCAUGAUAAAAAUCAGUCUUUAACUGAUAAAUUGGGAGAAAAUUCAGCUGAAAUGGAGUCUACUACUAAGCAUGUCAUAGAGGAGAAGACAUUGGAAAAUUUCUUCAAAGAAGUGGAUGAGUUUGAAAACACCACUUGGAGUGAUAAUGUGGAAGUGAAGAAAGUUGAUAAAAUCAUUGAAAAACAAGAGGAGACACUUGUGAGAAAUGUCCAUACUCAAGGACUUGGUAAAAAUCUUGAAAAUGUGGGAAUUGGUUAUGGAUCAAUGAGGAAAGAAAAAGAGUGGACAAGGACAUUGGCAUGCAAACUUUUUGAGGAAAGGCAUAAUACUAGUCAUAGCAACAGUGAAGGAAUGGACAUGUUAUGGGAAACAUAUGAAAUGGACACAAAAAAGAACAAGGCAAAAAGGGAUAACAAUGUAAAGAAGAUGAAAAAGAAAGGAGAGUUGAAGCGCUAUGAAAAAGAAUAUGAUGAGGAUGAACAAGAGAUGGAUGAUCAGCAGCUAUGUUGUUUACAGGCCUUAAAGUUUUCAGCUGGAAAGAUGAAUUUGGGCAUGGGGAGGCCUAAUCUUGUCAAGAUUUCAAAGGCAUUUAGAGGUUUUGGAUGGCUAGGCAAGAAUAACAAGAAGGUGCAUUGUGGUGAUGGCUUCUAGUGAAAUUGGCUUUCUAUGAAUUGAGUCAGCUACAACAACACUAGUUACGUAUUUUGAGGAUUCAUCGUAAAUUGGCUAGUUUUAUGUCAAUUAGGUCCUAGCAACCCUCCCCCCUCCCCAAACCAACAAUCUCCUAUGAAAAUGUUGCUUAUCAUGCAAAGAUGCAAGUAGUUUUUUUAUUGUAAAUGUAAAAUGCAAUGUUGCUCGAACUCUUUAAAAAAUGUCAAUGGAUGCAUGUCGAAUUCUCCAAAGUAGUGUAUUUUUUAAAGAUCCAACAUUGGUGCGGCUAUGUUUUUGGAAAAGCGGAGCAACACAGGUGAAAUGCAAGGCAGUUCUAAAUCUGACAGUUGUGAGGCGGAUUAGAAGUUAAAAGGCAGCACGAAAGCUCUAAUCAAUUUGGGCUAACUUGGGUUUGAACAACAAAAAGAUGAGUCAUUCAAUACUUCUAGAUAAGAUAUGACGGAUUGAAUAUCAUAUAAGAUAGGUAAAUGAUAAGAGCCAUCAUCUAUGAACAAGAAAAUGCUGUCUGGCCUUCUACACAAAUGAUGUCUGGCCCCAACAUAUCUUUCAAGUCACCACCAUAACAGCGCUUUUCUCGAACCAAAUCUGUGGGUAAAGAGCGUUUUACCCUCAUUGUGAGUUUACCAAACACUAAUAUAAAUUAGUCGGACCAGUGAGGCAACCAACGGUCAAAGAAAAAUGCUUUUAUCCGAUUCUUUUGAGGAAAGCUUGACAUAUGAAGUCUGACUAGAAGUAGAAAACAAAAAUAAGGGACCAAUGUUUACAUUCACAAAAGCAAUCACAACUCAAGUUUAUGUGAAAAAGGAACAUGUAAAGAUGGACAACCUAAAACAAAUAUCCUCUAUUGCCAGCUGAUAAUG